AUGUUCUCCAAGACGCUCAUCACCCUCUUGCCGCUGGCGCUCGGCGCUGCCGCUGCCACAUCGCGUGACAUCGGAGAUCCACAACGCGUGGUGUACGUGAUUCGUUUUCUCCGCCCUUGGCUCAAAAUCUCUAACCCCGUUGCAGACAAAGGCGGUUGGAGCCACGGGUGUAUUGGGGCAUGGGGAGACAAAGAGGGUUCGCCUGUGCGUAUAGACGAGUGCCAUGAUAAGAUUUGGGACGCGGGCCGCUACUGGGAGCUCGUUUUCGCCAACCCCAGCGGGCAAGAGGUUGGCCCCCAGCAAGUCAAGGUCUACGGCAGCAAGUGUCUCGAGGUCAAAGGCAACGUUGACGCGGACGGAACCCGCGUCCAAAUCGCAACAUGCGACAAGAACAACGCCAAUCCCAACCAACAUUGGACCUCCCGGCCCGACUCCACGCUUCGCUGGGGCUCGACCAACAAAUGCCUCGACGUCCUCAAUCGCGAUCCCUACUAUGCAGCGGAUUUGGUGAUUUUACCCUGCGAGGAUGUCAAACGCUUCCCGACCCAGGGCUGGUCUGAUCAUUACCUGGAGUUAUAG